AUGGUCGCCGACGCCCUUGUUUAUCACCCCGCGGUGAGCCAUUACCUCAAGUUCGUUGGCACCACCGUGGGGCGUGACAAGAUCCUGCGCACGCUGCAGUACUUUGCGCGCUUCUACGCUUGGUACCUCCUGCGCACCAACAAGCCCAAGACGGCCAUCCAGCCAUGGGAGGCGAUGAAGAAGCAGUUCGGCCUUGUGCGCAAGGUGCUGCGUGCCGGGAAGAACGUCGAGCAUUUCAAGGCCGCCGCUGUCGCCUACGACGCCAAGACCGGUCGUCUCGCUGAGGACCCCGUGCUGCGGUACGCCACUAUCGGCCGUCAGCUGGGUUAUGCUGGCUAUCUUACUCUCGAUCUGGCGACUCUGCUUGAUGCUACUGGCAUCCGCAAGUCGAAGCAUGCCAAGGCCCUGCAGCAGGAGGCCUACCGGUUCUGGCUUGUCGGUCUGGCUUGCAGCGUGGUCGCCCAACUGUACACGCUGUGGCAGCUGCGCCGUAGGGAGGCCAAGGUUGACCGCAAGGAGGGCGAGGGUGUGGUUGAGGCGAAGACGAUUGCAAAGGAGCGCGUGGUUAGCCAGCUGCAGCUGACUUCGGAUCUGUGCGAUCUAACUGUUCCCCUCGCCGGUCUCGGUUGGGUGCCCAUCGACGACGGCUUCGUCGGUCUGGCUGGCACGCUGAGCUCGCUCAUCGGCGUGUACAACCAGUGGAAGAAGACUGCCUUACUCGAAGGCUGCGUCCUCACGUCCCCUCAAAAGGAAAAUAUCCUCCUUGAUCAAGCAACAAUUCGCCCGUCCGGAGCUCCCGCGGAAAGUAGAAGACCGUCAGCAGCACUAAUGGCUUCAUCAAAGGGUCUGGAGGGCCUAGGGCUCUCUAUCGUGGGCCUGGCCAGGCAAUAUCCGCCAUAUUCGCUCAAGCCUGAUGCCCUGGAGGUAUUGAGCAAGCGCUUCUACUCCCAAACGGCAGUCAUGUCUAAAGUCCUCUCCAUCAAUCGUUACACAGGGAUAGAGCAGAGGUCCUCAAUAGGCACGCCCGACCAUCCCUUAGUCAACCAACCAAACCCUCCCACUAUAACACAACUCCAUGAGGUCUUCAUGUCAGAUGGCGUCCCCUUAGCAGUCGCCGCUGCGCGAAAGGCCCUCCAAGAAGCACAUGUAGCCCCGUCGCAGGUUACACACAUGGUCUCAACAACCUGCACCGACUCAGCCAACCCUGGAUAUGAUCACUUCGUUGCCCAGGAGCUCGGUCUCAGUUACAACGUCGAAAAGGUACUCCUCCACGGCGUAGGUUGCAGCGGCGGCCUCGCCGCUCUCCGAACAGCCGCCAAUCUCUGCUUAGGCCACAGCUGUCGCGGCCUGCCCGCCCGUAUUCUCGUGGUAGCACUCGAAAUCACAACAACCCUAGUACGCAGCGAGCUCGAAAGCAUAAACGCUCUCAACCAAACCCGCAUCGGCGUUACCCUCUUCAGCGACUGUGCCGGCGUCCUUGUCUUAAGCAACAAUUUCACCUCACCCUCACACCCGCCCCCCUCCCCCCCAAUUUACUCCCUUUUAACGUGGUAUCACACAACUAUUCCGUCAACAGAAUCAGACCUCGGCUUCGACAUCGACCCGACAGGCUGGAAAGUAGUCCUCUCCCCGGCCGUCCCCAGACUAACGCAAUCUGCGCUCCUCCCGGCCUUUCACUCUCUCCUGCCCGAUCAUCUCCUCUCCACCUUGCCGGAAAACUACCGCUCCCCGGCUGACUUUGACUGGGCGAUGCACCCCGGGGGCUCCACAAUUCUUACGGGCGCCGAACAGGUACUUGGUAUCACGUCUCUGCACAUGCGUGCGAGCUACGACACGUACAUUCGGCAUGGGAACAGUAGCUCGGCGACGAUGAUGAGUGUGCUGGAUCGGUUGAGGGAGAAGGAUAUGGAUGAGCUUGCGCCACCGUGUGGUAGUGAUAGCUCAGGGACUGGAAGAGGAGGGUUCAAUGAUGGUAAGGAUAAGGGUGCGUCCAAGGGAAAGCCUAGAGAAUACAUUAUCGGAUGCGCCUUCGGGCCCGGGAUUUCUGUGGAGAUGUGUUUGUUGAAGCGUCAUUUUGCUGGGCCUAGAAGAGUCAACUCGACGCCGGGGAUGGAAACUCCUCCUGAAACAGAAAGUGAAUUGAGUCUUGAGGGGAGCGAUAGCGACUCAAAGAGCGAUAGGGAUGACGAGAUGACCGGGAAGCAUGGCUCUCCAGACUCUGCGAAGCCACCACAGAAAAAUAAUGAGGGCUUCAUAAGUGAAGCUCUGGAAUCGCCCGAGGUUGACUAA